GUCGUGGACCAGCAGUUCGUCAGAGACACCGGUGCGCUGGCCAGCGUGACCGAGGAGGAGUUGAGCAUCGCCAGAGAGAGGAUGCGCGCCGUUUCCCGCAUGGGAGCCGAGCGUCAGGUAGCGGAGUCGGACAGGCGGCGACGCAAGACCGGUGGUCGGGGACGUGGCGGCCGUGGACGAGCAGGUGUCGGAGGACGGACACGUGACGAUGCGGGUUCCGCUCCUCGGACUCGGCGACAGCGGACGGAUGGUUGCAUUCGCAGGGCCCGCAUGCGUUGGGACGAGGGUGACUUCUUGUUCGACACCACAUCUAGCGAUGACGACAAUUUCUUUGCGUCGGGAACACAUGCAUCCACGGGCGAUGAUAGAGGUGACGGUGAUGACAGAGGCGAUGAUAGAGGCGACGGUAACGGCAGAGGUGAUGGCACAGGGCCCGGGAGAGGGGGAGGGGGAGGGGGAGGGGAGACGGACUUCGGAGGACACGGUACACUCCGCCAGGCGCAGACUCAGUGCACUACAGCAGGCGGCCUAGUCCACUCCACAGGAGSGGGUUUGGAGGACGGCGAGGCACGACGUGAGCCGCCUCCUCACACGAGUGACGRCGUUCUAGAAGAUGGAGAGGUUGCACCUACUMCCACUUVUGGACAGGACGGGGAGGACGAACGUCCUCYGACGGGCCACCACGUCGGCCUCRACUGCCCGCCCGRCAGUCUUYYGCGCACCRACGAGUUAUUGAACAUGGAUUCCGCCUUGGCAUCACUGCCCGAUGUGUCGCUAUUGAUAUCUCCCACUUUGGCGGUUGUGCCACCACCGGAGCCUKCUAGACGAGACGAYGAGCGUCWCAACAGAGGGUUCGACGAGUUCRGCGGCGACACGAUACUGCAUCCUUUAGAGUCCGACACUCCAGCCAUUUUUCAUGUCGGUGCACCGUGGGCAGUGGAGCAGGGGUUGGCGGAGGAGGUUGCACGAAACCGUCGUGGUGGACCGCCCGUCGCGGCGCAACGUAGUCUGGGAGGUUCACUAGAGGCAGCGUCUGGAGAUUUUGUGGCACAGGGGGGUCAUGGUUCGCAUCAGUUGUCGGACGGCGUGUCAUCGGUCCGUCCACCGGACGAGGGCGAGCAGCGAGAGCGACAUCGAGGCUCGACGGAGACUUUAGAGGCUAGGCAUCCCAGAGUUAUCUGCUCGGACGAGGGCGUGGCCCAUGAUACGACACAACCAGGGAGCGCAAACACUGCAUGGUACAUCGGGGAGGGCAUCGAGCGCAUAGGGUCAACGACCGCACACGACGUCGGAGGAGGCGGGGGCCGGGGUGUGGAUGGCGCAGACGCUACACGGUCCUUCAGGGAGGGCAUCGAUGCGCAGGGGGGCAUCGAGCGCAUAGGGUCAUCAACCGCACACGACGUUGGAGACGCGCACAUAGAUGAGCCUCGACCGCAUCUGAUGGGGAUGCGUGACAUCAUGCAUCCACCACCGUCACGCUCCCCUGCCGUUGACCCCGUCGCCCACGGGCAGGCCUCGCAGAGCGCAUUGCCGACGAGGUCUUUCUACGACGGUGCGGCCAUGGACCGGAGGGCGUGCGAUAUCGGAUAUGCAUCAUCAUGUGGACCGGCAGAUGUGCCCGCGGGGGCGAGAUUGAUCGGCAACGUCGAUGGCACUUGUCACGGUUCCAUGAGAGCUUAUGAGGAGCAGCAUGGGAGGCUUAUACGGGCCAAGACGACCGAUGUCCAUGACACCAGGACGGCUACUGCGAGGCUAUCACGGAUGAGGAAGAAGGGAACAUGUGCGUCGAUUCCGUAUCGUCGGCGCCGCCCGCAUCCUUUUUUCCGCAACCGUGACGGGACCAGACAGAUGCCAACUGCUGCAGAUGGACGGGGCGGGGUGGACGUAGGUGACAGAGUGGACGAAUCAGGACGAGGUGAGAAGAGACGAGGUGCCACGAUGAUCAUCCACAACGACAGCUCCAAAGCCGCUGAGGGUGGUGAGACCACAGGCGCCGACGACCCUGAUGACUCCGAUUACACCCCGAGGAUCCGGACAGCGGACAGAGACGACUGCGGAGGUCGUCGCGGUGUUGGGGUUGAGGYGCUACCCCUUUCAGGGUAGCGCAAYAGGGUUCUGAACUUCUGAGGUUAUUUUAGUUGAACGAUGCUCUGAGUUCAAUAAACAGUGUUAAUACUG